AGCUCACUGUUCCCCCACCCUCUCCCUGUACACUGGGCUCCUGCUGCAGGACAGUGCCCCAGUGGAACGGACAGACUGACCAACAGAAGGGAGGUGGCCAUCAGGACUGGCUCUGAGUGUCACACAGUGGGGAGGGGACAGGGGUUACCAUGUCAUCGUAUCAGAAGGAACUGGAGAAAUACAGAGAUAUAGAUGAAGAUGAGAUCCUAAAGACCUUGAGCCCCGAGGAGCUAGAGCAGCUGGACUGUGAGCUACAGGAGAUGGACCCGGAGAACAUGCUCCUGCCAGCUGGACUAAGACAACGUGACCAGACAAAGAAGAGCCCGACAGGGCCGCUGGACCGAGAGGCCCUUUUGCAGUACCUGGAGCAACAGGCGCUAGAAGUCAAAGAACGUGAUGACUUGGUGCCCUUCACAGGCGAGAAGAAGGGGAAACCCUAUAUUCAGCCCAAGAGAGAAAUCCCAGCACAGGAACAGAUCACCCUGGAGCCGGAGCUGGAAGAGGCAUUGGCCCAUGCCACAGAUGCUGAAAUGUGUGAUAUUGCAGCAAUUCUGGGAAUGUACACCCUGAUGAGCAACAAGCAGUACUAUGAUGCCAUCUGCAGCGGGGAAAUCUGCAACACUGAAGGCAUCAGCAGUGUGGUUCAGCCUGACAAGUAUAAGCCAGUGCCAGAUGAGCCCCCAAAUCCCACAAACAUUGAGGAGAUGUUGAAGAGGGUUAGAAGCAAUGACAAGGACUUGGAGGAGGUGAACCUCAAUAAUAUACAGGACAUCCCGAUACCCAUGCUAAGUGAGCUGUGCGAGGCGAUGAAGACAAACACAUAUGUCCGGAUCUUCAGUCUGGUGGCCACAAGGAGCGGUGACCCCAUCGCCCAUGCCUUGGCUGACAUGUUGCGUGAAAACCGUAGCCUGCAGAGCCUGAAUAUUGAAUCCAACUUCAUUAGCAGCACAGGGCUCAUGGCUGUGCUGAAGGCUGUUCGGGAAAAUGCCACCCUCACAGAACUGCGUGUAGACAACCAGCGCCAGUGGCCUGGUGAUGCAGUGGAGAUGGAAAUGGCCACUGUGCUAGAGCAGUGUCCUUCUAUUGUCCGCUUUGGCUACCACUUUACACAGCAGGGACCACGAGCUCGAGCAGCCCAGGCCAUGACCAGGAACAACGAACUACGCCGCCAGCAAAAGAAGAGAUAACACUGCCCUUUCCUUUACUGACUAGAGCUGGGAGCCCUGGACACGAAAAUCCUCUUUCCCGUUCCUGUAAAUAAAGGCCCUUUUAUCCACUU